UCAUUAAUGUAUGAUAUCACAGCGAUCAUUCAUUCAUUCGUGCAUGUCAAUCAGUAUAUCUCCUUCCUAAAUUCAACGUCUCCGUUCCGUUCUCUUUCUUCAUCCUCCAAACCCUAAUCAACUUCUUCACUUCCCUCUGAUUCCACUUUCGCUUCAACCAGAAGAUACUGUUUGGUCAGGGCGACCUAAUGCUAAGGCUUCCAAUUUCUACAUAAGUUGCCAUUGAUACUUUUUUAAUCAAAUGGAUUCAGUGCCUGCUGAUGUAUCUAAUUCACAUCCUAUUAAAGAUCCACCCACUUCACCUCCUGCUAAGGAGAUUGAUGAACAAGCUUCUGCUUCUGUAGUCUCUGGGCAAGAUAAUUCUGCACAUGAUGCAUCAUCUAGGCUAUCUCCGACUGGCAUAUCGUCUUGGGCCAAAUUGAAAAUUUCUCAGCCAUUUACUGGCUCCCAAGAUGACUCGUCAAGUGGGAAUGCUGGGAAAUCAACUUUUGCACGCAUCACUAGUAAUUUGGGGUUGAGGUUGUCCCCAAAAUCUCCUGUGGCAGAUGACAGUUCCAAUGAAACAGCUGUACAAUCUAAUUUGUUUGGAACUAUCACGAAAGGCCUGGUUGACUCUUCUAAGAAUGCAGUGAAAGCUGUGCAGGUUAAAGCACGCCAUGUUGUUUCACAGAAUAAACGCAGAUACCAGGAAGGAGGUUUUGAUUUAGAUAUGACAUAUAUCACUGAAAACAUUAUUGCAAUGGGAUUCCCUGCUGGUGACUUGAGCUCUGGGUUUUUCAGUUAUGUUGAAGGAUUUUACAGAAAUCAUAUGGAAGAAGUGAUCAAGUUUUUUGAAACUCACCAUAAGGGUAAAUACAAGGUUUAUAACCUUUGUUCUGAGCGGUUGUAUGAUGCAUCGUUAUUUGAGGGAAAGGUGGCUAGCUUUCCAUUUGAUGACCACAAUUGCCCACCAAUUCAACUGGUUAUAUCAUUUUGUCAAAGUGCUUACUCGUGGUUGAAAGAAGACAUUGAGAAUGUUGUGGUUGUCCACUGUAAGGCUGGAAUGGCAAGGACAGGGUUGAUGAUUUCUAGUCUUCUAUUAUUCUUAAAGUUCUUCCCAACUGCUGAGGAAUCAAUGGAUUACUAUAAUCAGAAAAGAUGUAUUGAUGGAAAAGGACUUGUUCUGCCUAGUCAGAUUAGGUAUGUCAAAUAUUUUGAACGAGUCUUGACUUACUUUAAUGGUGAAAACCCACCUGCCCGCAGGUGCAUGCUUCGGGGAUUCCGGCUUCACAGAUGCCCUUACUGGAUUAGGCCCUCUAUAACUGUCUCAGAUCAUAGUGGUGUGUUGUUCUCAACCAAAAAGCAUCCAAGAACCAAGGAUCUUCUGCCAGAAGAUUUUUGGUUUAGUGCGCCAAAGAAGGGAGUGAUGGUCUUUGCUUUGCCAGGAGAGCCUGGUCUUACACAGUUGGCCGGGGACUUCAAAAUCCAUUUUCAUGAUCGCCAAGGAGAUUUUUACUGUUGGUUGAACACAACUAUGACAGAAAAUAGGAAAGUAUUGAACACCAGUGAUCUCGAUGGCUUUGACAAGAGAAAAUUGCCUUCUCCAGGAUUUAUGGUUGAGGUUGUGCUGGCGGAUUAUGAUGGCAAUGUUGUAACUUCCAAACCAGAAACUACAACAAAGAAAUCAGAUGAGAGUUCAAGUAACAGUUCUGCCAGUCCCGCCCCAGAAGAAAGUAGCAGCCCUGCACAGAAUGCAGACAAAGAAUCAGAGAGUAAUGAUAAAGAUGAUGUGUUUUCAGAUGGCGAGGCAGAGCAAUCUGGUUCUUCAAGAAGCAAGCAAACAAAAGCACCUUCUGAAGCAGUUGAAACAGUUAAAAAUGACAGUAGAGUGUCCGAAUCCAACAGAACUUCGAAUCAAGUUGCAAAUUUAUCACAUGCAACAGAACAAGUUUCCUUGGGAAACAAGAGCUCUACUCCUCCUACUCAUAGCGCUAGUGAGCCAAGAAGUAAUGUUGACGGAAGAUCAGUGUCCAGUCUCGGGGUGCCCAGCGCAGAAAGUGAGUUUAAGGCCAUGGCUGCAGAUGCUUCUGUUUUUACCUUCGGAGAUGAUGAAGACUACGAAAGUGAUUGAAGAAGUAUAACAAUAGGGGUUACUUUGUUAUUUUAUACUUCGAUAUUUGUACAUAAAAUUGCUUGCAACUUUCCACACAAAUAUUUUGGUCAUCCAUUUGUUUGUUUGUUGUAAUGAUAAAUCUGGAUACUGCACACUGGCUUAAUGCACAAGUUAAAAAUAAGAACAUGCUCAGUUAUCUGUA